AUGACAGAAGCGAUAGAUUGGUCUACCAUAACGCCUGUCGUAGAGGCAGUCGAGAAAGCGCAGAGUGGGGAUAUUGCGGACAUAGUUAAUGCGACAUCGCAAGUAUCACAGCUUACUGUAUCCGUUGCUAUGUUGUGUUCAUCACUCAUACAGCAAAUGUACGCCAUUAAACGAAGCUUCGUCGCGCUUCAAUGCCUUGUAUCAAAAAAAGUUGAUACCAACUACAAAUCAGCUCAA